AGCUAUCCACCUCAAUGUCCAGCCAUCAGUUCCGCAAAGAAUCCGUUGUUCAAAUUGUGUGAAUUAUCACCGAAUCUAUUUCAACAAAUAAUUGCAGUGAAUUUUUUCGUAUCAAUACAGUGGUGAUUGAUAAGAUUUAUUUGAAUAUUUGAACUACGCACCAUCAAAAGAAAUAUUGAAUCUUCUUUCAAUCGGGGAUCGUUUUAUGAUAAAUACUGUACAAAACUCGGCCUGGCAACACAGUAUGUUAAAGGGUGCACAUUGAUAAAGGGCCGAACGUUCAGUAGGGGGUGGGGAAGAAAAAAAUUAAACAGAGUUACGAGAUAUCUAUAGGUGUAUAAAAUUGAAUCCCAAAUUGUAUAAAUAUAAUUGUUUCAGUGAUCAUUGUUAUGAUCUGUUUGCGUAAUUAACUAUAAACUUAAAUUAACCUGAUGAAUUCAACGAUUUCAAAACAGCUGUACAGCUGUCAAUGAAAUACAAUCUCAACAAAAUUCUAAAAGUGUGACUUAUAUAUUUGAAUAAUCGUAUAAAAAAAAUACCUGAAUAUGACAGGAAGUGAUAAAAUAGUUGGGACUCACUGCGGUGGAAGACAACCCAUAAGAGGCGAUGGUACUAAACAUACAGUUCACUGGUUUCGGAAAGGCCUGAGACUUCACGACAAUCCUUCUCUGCGAGAAGGACUUUUGGGGGCAACCACAUUCCGAUGCAUCUUUAUCCUAGACCCCUGGUUUGCCGGAAGUACAAACGUCGGGAUAAAUAAAUGGAGGUUCCUUCUUCAGUGCCUUGAAGAUUUGGAUCAAUCCUUAAGAAAAUUAAAUUCCCGGCUUUUCGUUAUUCGAGGACAACCCGCAGACGCUCUUCCAAAAUUGUUCAAAGAAUGGGGCACCACUAAUCUCACAUUUGAAGAGGAUCCGGAACCCUUUGGUCGUGUUAGAGAUCACAACAUUUCAGCCUUAUGCCAGGAACUUGGAAUAUCAGUUGUUCAGAGGGUUUCUCAUACCCUUUACAAGCUAGACAAAAUAAUCGAGAAAAAUGGAGGAAAAGCACCACUGACUUACCACCAGUUUCAAAACGUCGUUGCUGCCAUGGAUUCCCCACUUCUUCCAGAGCCUACCGUGGGUCCUGAUUGCACGGCCGGAGCUUACACACCUUUAAAAGAUGACCACGACGACGUGUAUGGAGUACCGACUUUAGAGGAACUAGGAUUUGACACCAAGAAUCUAAAGGCUCCCGUUUGGAUAGGAGGAGAAGGUGAAGCUUUAGUUAGACUUGAACGGCACCUAGAACGGAAAGCUUGGGUAGCCAGCUUUGGUCGACCAAAAAUGACACCACAGUCUCUUCUAGCAAGUCAGACAGGCCUUUCACCUUAUCUGCGGUUUGGAUGCCUCAGUACAAGGCUAUUUUACUAUCAGCUUACCAACCUAUACAAAAAGAUAAAAAAGGCCGUUCCCCCACUUUCUCUUCACGGACAGUUAUUGUGGCGCGAAUUUUUCUAUUGUGCUGCUACGAGAAAUCCAAGUUUUGACAGGAUGCAGGGAAAUCCAAUUUGUGUACAGAUACCGUGGGACAAGAACGUAGAGGCGCUUGCCAAAUGGGCGAACGGACAGACAGGAUUCCCAUGGAUCGAUGCAAUAAUGACACAGCUCCGAGAAGAAGGUUGGAUACAUCAUCUUGCCAGGCACGCUGUUGCCUGUUUUCUGACCAGAGGUGAUCUCUGGAUAUCCUGGGAAGAAGGAAUGAAGGUAUUUGACGAGCUCCUUCUGGAUGCUGACUGGUCGGUGAAUGCUGGUAUGUGGAUGUGGCUAUCUUGCAGUUCAUUUUUCCAACAAUUUUUUCACUGCUACUGUCCAGUGCGCUUCGGCAGAAAAGCUGACCCCAACGGCGACUACAUAAGACGUUAUUUACCAGUUUUGAAAAACUUUCCUACGAGAUAUAUACACGAGCCUUGGAAUGCACCAUUGAGUGUUCAACGUGCCUCUAAAUGUAUUAUUGGUAAAGAAUACUCGCUACCUAUGGUAAACCAUGGUAAAAGUUCAAGAAUUAACAUUGAACGAAUGAAACAGGUUUACCAAAAGCUCAACAAAUACAGAGGAAAUGGUCCCCCUACCUGUCCUACGGAAAACACGAUCGGGGCUUAGGAGAGCUGCUGUCAAUAAUCUCUGUCAGAAUCGUCAGCGACAAUUUGUUUGGAUUUUUUAAAAAGCUCUUGAAAAACUCUCUGGGUUUACUAAAGGUUGUUAAAUAUUUGUAGACUUCGUCACAGGCAUCAAACCUUUGUGCAUUCCCUAAUUCAGGAGUGUCCCGUAGGGGAUUCUAAGUGCACACAAAAUAAUUACACAAUGCUCGCCCGCGUUAAUGUAAGUAUAGAGAACUGAGUGUAAGCGGAAAAGAACAAAUUUGUGUUUCAAAGUUCUCUGGUUACGGAGUUUUCUAAAAUGAGACUGAAUUUUAUAAUCGUCAACAUUACAAUGACAACAACAUUUUACUUGAGUAUUUAAAAUAUUAAUAUAUCUAUAGUUUAUUGAAAAUAAAAUGUAUAUAUAAAAAAUAAGAGGAGUUGCGGGCGUUAUUCUCUAAGCGAAAUUAUAUUAAUUGUGUAUAUUUAUUGAAAAUAAACUUCGUUAGUGGUUACAAGUUACGAGAUAACUUUUGAGAAAAAGAAGUUCACUUCCAUUUGUUGUAUGCAUAUUUUUAUUAUUUUAAUAUGUAUGUAUGUAUAUGUAUAUAUACAGAUACUAUCAAUUUUCGAAUGAAUAAUUUUUAUCUUUUUACUGUUAUUUGUGAAAUUAUUUCUGCAAUUCCGAUCAAGGUCUUGUCAGACUUUGUGCAUGAUUCAAAAUAAAAAUACCCAACAGGAAAAUACCUCCGGUGUAUGAUCCUACGGAGAUCUAAUACUGAAUAGAGUAGACGAUUACGUGUUUUUUUUUUUUUUGUUCAAUU